CAUCUCCCUAGCCCACGUGACAGCUCAGGGAAAAUGGCUGCUGUUGCUCUUUCAGAAAGAAUAGGGCUGAUCUAGAAUAGUGAUGACGGCGGCGGCGCAGGGUUUAAAUACCACUGUGUUAUAGCACUGCACAAGGAGCGAUUUGCAAGAGAAUUCCAUUUUCAUUGAUUGUUAGCCCAUGGAUGCAAAAGAAACCUCAAGUUCCUGCAAUCAUCCAUCCUGGCAGAGCCCUGAUGGAAGCUUCAUCAAGACAAUUCUAGAGAAAGGAUCAGGUGUGGACAAGCCUAAAGAAUGCUCCAUAUGCAAGAUAUUUGUUGAUCCCCUUUCUAUAUCAUCUGCUGAUUCCUGCACCAUAAAAGGAUUCAGCUACCCUACAGGAUGCUGGUUUCAAGCAGAGCUUGGUGAAGGAGAGACACCUCUGGAUUGCCUGGUUGAUCAGUGUUUAGAGACUAUGCUUUCUGGAGAAGUGUGUCAGGUGGAGACAGCAAAAGGCAUGAAAUUCAAAUUACGCAUGGCAAGUUUUGAGAAUGGGAAAGAGCCAUGGGAAAUAGAUACAAAUGAAAAAAUCCAGAGGGCCAUGAGGGACCAUGAAAAAGGUGGAAAGGCUUACAGGGAAGGCUGUAUAGAAGUAGCAGAGAGGAGAUAUUCUAGAGCACUCAGGCUAUUGGCCUGCAUCCCAGAAGAGGCAGUGAAAGAAAGAAUAACACUCCUUGCCAACUUGGCUGCAUGUGAUCUCAAGAUGGGACGUAUGAGCGAGGCAGAUAAAAGGUGUUCACGGGUCCUGGAAAAGGAACCUGGCUAUGUUAAGGCACUUUACCGGAGAGGAAUGGCUAGAGCAGGAAUGUCAGACUGGAAGGGGGCAAGAAAGGAUUUUGAAGCAUUGCUGCGAUUGGAUCCAGCAAACAAAGAGGCUCAAAGAGAGUUAAUAAAAGCACGUGAAGGGGAGAAGAAGGAACAGCUAAAAAUAAGCAAAGCCCUAGGAAAGAUGUUUAUUUAAAUAAACAAAGUAGACAUUGUAUUUGAAAGCAUUGUUCCCAACUUUACCCAAGAAAAUAAGAAACUUAAACAUGGCACCAUGAUAAUAUAAUCAUUAAUGUAUUUCACAUCCAUGCUGUUUCUUAGAGAUGCUAUAUCUAGAAAUGUCUAAAUUCUUUUUGGGAAGACUUGAUUGCAAGGCCAAAAAAAAAAAAAAAAAGAAAGAAAGAGAACACUUUUAUACCAGCCGAAGGCAACCACAAGUAUUUAGCAGGGAAGAUCUGUGCCUCCAAAGAUGCCCCAGUAGCUCCACAU